GAAACUAACAGACGUUUCAUUAUUAUUAUUGUUAGAUUUUUCUUUUUUUUUGAACAUUUUCAACAUUUAUUUUGAACCGUCAACUAAGCAGUGUUUAUGAUAAACUUUCAAAAAGUGUAACCUCUUGCAGGGUUAAUUUCAUGCAUGCAUUAUUUUAUAGAAACGUUAUUUUUAUAACACAUAGAAAGCAACUUGCUUUGUUAAUAGAUACCGCCAUUGUACAAGGUGCCUAUACCACGUGACAUUUUGUGAUCAGCGUGAGACAGAAACACCAAUACAAAAGAUCAACUCUUUGAUAAAAUCAUUAUUUUUUAUGGGAUAAAAUUUUUUGGGCAAAAUCAUUUUCUUUCAUUAUGAUUCGAUGUGGCCAUACCACGUGGCUUUUCGGCUACGGUACACGCAGAUUUUUCACCAAUUCAGUACCACCAGGAACUUGUUGUUUGUUCUCUGUGUAAUGAAUGCUUUCUUUGAACUCGGCAUAGUGUUUCAAUUUGCGACUUUCUACAUUACACUUUUGGACACAUUUCAAAGUGGCCGGGCUAAAACUGUAGCUGUACAAUCACUUCUUGGUGGAUUUACCUUGAGUUUGGGUGUUUUGAGUGGAGUCCUUGUCACUAAAAUAGGCAUACGUUGGGUAAUAUCUAUAUCCUGUAUACUCGUUCCUGUUGGAUUUUUUGCAUCCUUCUUUGCUACAAGAAUAGAACAUUUAUACGUAUCCCUUGGUAUUACAGCAGGUAUUGGAAUUUCAUUAUCAUAUGUCAGUUUGAUUUUGUUAAUUGGCAGAAUCUUUAUCGGCAAGAAGAGAGAUCUAUGCAUUUCUCUCCUAAUGGCAUCUUCAUCAUUAUCUGGUGUAGUCUAUCCAUACUUUAUUGACUGGCUACUUGUUCAGUACGGACUCAACGGCUCAUUCCUUAUACUUGGAGCUGUUUACUGUAACAAAUUUCCAAUGUUAGUAAUUAUCUGGGCAAACAAAACUUCAAUAGAUAAACAAUCACUGACGCCCAAAUGUGAGGAAGACAAAGAAACUUCAAAUGGAUGUACGAACACGAAAAACAAGUUUAGAGGCGAUAUAAGUGAAUGGAAGGGAUUCGGUAGCAAUUCUUGGCGUGGAAUUUUCGCACUUGUUAUUUACAAUGUUGCUAGCACAAUUUCAAGACUCAUUCCAGGCUUGGUAGGACAGAUAGACAGUGUUAAUCCCUUUCUUAUUCCAAUCAUUUCAGCUAUCAUUGGUUUUAUUGGACAGUUGAUUCUUUAUGUCGGAAGCAGCUAUGCUUUGUUUGCUUUAUCCGUUUGUUUGUCAGGUUUAGCAAUAGGUGGAAUUCUUUCAUCUCAGCAUAUUCUUGUGUUGAAAGUUGUCAGGAUAGAUUUUGUCCCAAUCGGUUCUGGAUUGCUGAUUACAUCAGCGGGUGUAUUGAAUUUUGGAAUUGGGCCUCUAUUCGGUAGCAUCAGAGACAGUUCCGGUUCUUAUGGUAUCGUUGUUCUGACAAUCAGUGCACUUCUGGCGACUUCUGCUGUUUUUCUCACAAUUGUUCUUUUCAAAAGGCGUUCUAGUGUUGCCAAUGGACUGAAGAAAGAAACAAUAACAAUAUCUGUAAUUUCAGUCUCAAAAACGACUCAAAAUUGAUUUUAAUCUACAACAGUGAUUAAUAAAUAAGACAAUUUUUGUUAUUCUGAA